AUGCCUGGAUGUACAGCUUUAAAACCUGCUUCGGAAGUAUCUACGUUACUUGAUAUUUCUAACACUUAUGUUAUAGAAAAGGAUAGCUCAACAAAACUUGGAAUAAAAAGGUUUCCUAAAAAUACUUACUGUGAUGAUGCAAGUUCAAAAAGCGAUUUUUCUGCAGAUUCAAGUAAUAAUUAUGAGCCUUCAAGUGACGAAGAAUCUUUAAACUCGGAAACUGAAAAAGUUGGUCAAGAGUUACCUAACAUUUUAGAGGCCACAGAAUGUAAAGAAAAUUCUCCAAAUAGUAAAAAAGGAAAACAAAAGAUUACGCAGAACUAA